GUUAUGAAAUUUCAAACAAUGUUCAAUUUGUGCAUUCCAGUAUUAAUCGGUUUCUAGUUAUGACGAUGUGAGAGGUCAGAUGUCAGUUUAAUCGUGUGAUAAGCUUGGGGGCUCGAGCCACGUUCGCGCACCAUGUGAUUGUUCCGUUUAGGCAAACAGUGUUUUUUUUCUAUAAUUAACCUUGGGCUCCACGCAUUCAGCUGAUGAUUUAUAACUCAUGUAAAUCUGCAUUUGCCAGUCUAGGCUCGAUCCGUUUCGCGAGAAGGAUGUCUUCGUCUAAGUAUUCUUAUGAGGAGGCGGUACGAAAGUUGAACCUGUUGCAGUCCAACAAGUCAACCAUAGACCAGAUACGAAGGAAUAUUAAAACUGGCGAGAAAUGCAACAAUAUAGAAGAAAUGGCGAACUACCUGCAGAGAACGGGGGUGUCCUUGGACCGUCUCGACGAGCUGUCAGUCAUACACGUCGCUGGGACUAAGGGGAAGGGUUCUACAAGCGCAAUGUGCGAAUCAAUAUUGCGCGCACACGGGCACCGCACAGGCUUCUACUCGUCGCCACAUUUGUGCUCUGUGCGUGAGCGAGUGCGACUCUCAGGGCGAGUGUUGUCGCGCGAACAGUUUGCUGCGCACUGCCAUCGCGUGUACGAUGCCCUCUCAGACACACAGGCCUUCGAAGGAGACAUGCCCAAGUACUUCGCCUUCCUGACCGUGCUCGCGUACAACAUAUUCCUCGAGGAACGGGUGGAUGUCGCUGUGGUCGAAGUCGGAAUAGGCGGCGUCGUGGAUUACACGAAUGUGCUCAGACAUGUCCCCGUAGUGGGCAUAACGACGUUGGGACUGGAUCACACAUCAAUCCUUGGGUACACGUUGGCAGAGAUCGCGAGGGCAAAGGCAGGCAUCAUGAAGCGGGGUUGCGAAGCGUACACGGUGCAACAGUCGGACGAAGCGAUGGAGGUUCUUAAAAGCGUCGCUAGCGAUGUACAGUCUUUUUUGUUACAGUGCCCUCUGGCCGUCGUUCCACCCUACACAUCAUACAAUCUGCCAACCGACAUUCUCCAAGUAAACCUCCCCGCAUACCAGACGAACGCCUCUCUCGCCAUACAGCUCGCGCACGCGUGGCUCCGGCACGCGAAACAAAACGCACUAUUAAAAAAACAAAAUUCGAAAAAAGAAAAAAUUGGCGGAAAAAUUCUAAACUCUAUAUCCAUCGACGCCAUUUUUACUGAGAAUACAAAAAUUAGCGAGUCUCUCGACGGGUUUAUUCCUGUGGAAACUGUAGUUGGGCUAAAAGAGUGCCACUGGCCGGGGAGGUAUCACAAAAUAGAUGCGGAGUACGCGACCUUUUAUUUGGAUGGAGCACAUACGGCUGAGUCUAUGGACAUUUGCGCUAAGUGGUUCGGCGAUACUGCCAGGUCUGAAAACCGAGUUCUCAUAUUUAGCGUGACAGGUGACCGAGAUGCUGAAAUCCUUCUGAAGCCACUGAAGAUGUUGAACUUUAAUGCAGUGUAUUUCGUCAUACCAACAGCAUACAGUGAUAUUACAAAGAAAAAUGACAACUAUUCAAUAACGGAACAGAAGGAGUUGGUUGAAAGAUGUCGUAGCUGUGCUGAGAUAUGGAAGGCAAAUUAUGUCAAAAAUUGUGAAGUACAUAUUAAGGAAAAUGUUUCUGAAGCAUUAAUAAGUAUUAAGCGUUCCUAUAAUUCUAUUGAUAAAAGUUCUGUUCUUUUUACUGGUUCUCUAUAUUUAGUUGGUGCGGCUCUGUCAAUUAUUGACCCAAAUCUAACUAGAGAUUAACAUACAAAAUGUACAAAUAUUAUGAGAAAUUUUCAUAGUUGGGUUUGAUGUUUUUCUCGUAUAGUAUACGUAAGUAAGCAAAAGUGACAUGGAUAAUAUUUUUUUAAUGCAGAUUAAUUUAGAAAAAAACUACACUAAUAAAUCAAUUUAUAAUUUA